GUUUAUUCAGAUCUUUGUAAACUUAAGCUUUUAGCGUGAGAAAUCAUAACAAAUGUAAACAGCUUCCACCACUUUAAAUAUAACCUUUUCCGCAGUUAACAACUCGACGAUAACGUUUCAAAAGACACGGAGUCACCAAUAUGGAGUAGAUCGCAUGCGCCUUUUCCAUGAAGAACGAAAACGGGUCGUCAAUAGAGGUCGGAAAUUUCACUGAUGUACAAGAUGAAUCGAAAUUCCCUGUUCAAGUCAGUGAUGACCGAGAGAAUGAAACCCCUAAGUUUACGGAAUACAAUGACCGUGGUAGAACAACGCAGACAGAAACAGCAGGACUCGAACAUAGAAAUAACCUGAUAUGGAAGAUCGCCAAAUAUCCAGAUUUCGAGCAUUUUAAAAACAGAUUGGAAUCAUACCGUGGAUGGCCGUUGGUAGAACCAAGCCCGAGUAAACUAUGCGAAGCUGGAUUCUUUUACACGGGUCACAGCUUCGACCUUGUACGAUGUUUCGACUGCGGUAUCGGCCUGAAAGACUUCUCUGACAUGGACAAUCCACUGCUCGAGCACGCGAAACAUUCGUCGAACUGUCCCUACAUACUUGACCUCUUUGGAAGUCGGGAAGCGUUAGAAACAUAUAAGCAAAGAUUCGUACAUCAGGAUCCUGAAGAUAUCAGACGAAGACAACGCGACCUGUACGAACGACAACAAGUUAGAGGUCACACCGUUACAAACUACAGAGCCAAACACGAGCGGUUCCGCGAGCUGUCUGCUCGACUGAAUACAUUCACAUACUGGCCCUUACAUUUAUACCAGAGACCAGAACAGUUGGCAGGUGCAGGAAUGUACUACACAGGUGUUGAUGACCAUUGCCGCUGUUUUGCCUGUGACGGCGGGUUGAGAAAAUGGGAACCAGGAGAUGAUCCUUGGAUAGAACACUGUCGAUGGUUUCCGGCUUGUCCUUAUGCCAGAGACAUUAAGGGCGAAGAAUUUAUCAACCUAAUCCAACUUUCUGCUGACCAGGCCCUGAGGGAACAUGGAUCAUAUCAUCAUGAUGACGUGAGCGUGGCGAUGGCUGCUUCCACGACUGAAAACGUUAAUGUUGAACGCAUAGUCAGACAAAAUCGCGAACUGCUAAUAUUGGGCAUGGGUUUCCCAAUUGACGAUGUAAAAGUCGCAGUUCUGGAACUGGUACAACAAGCCACUAAUGAGCCAAAUGUUGAUGAUAUCAUAACUCGUCUUGAGGUAAUGAAUGAGAGAAAGCUACUUGAAAACCAGAACGAGAAUACCCAAGAACCACCAGAUCCAGGAGGAAUACCCUCGGCAGGAGAGUUAUUGGAACAAAAUCAACGAUUAAAGAGCAUGCUUCUUUGCCAUUUAUGCCAUAACAACCACGUGAACGCAUUGUUUCUACCCUGCACACAUCACAAAUACUGCCUGGACUGCGCAAAACACAGCGAUAUAUGUCCAGACUGUGGCAGACCGAUUGAGGAAAGGAUUCGCACAUAUAUGGGAUGAUCAAAUGAUUAAAGAGCAUGCUUCUUAGCAAUUCAUGCCACAUCAACCGAGUGAACGCAUGCACCCCAUGUACACAUCACAAGUACUGUUUGGACUGCGUACAACACAGUGAUAGAUGUCCAGACUGUAACAUACCGAUAAGGAAAAUAAUUCGCACAUAUGAGAUAUGAUUCUUGAUGUUUUGCUUUGAUGGCAUGAUCAUAUAUAAAUAUAUAUAUAUGCGGUUUCCUAUGACAAAAAAACACGAUUCAUUUUGGAAGCAUUUCGACUCAUACAAUUGGCAUAUUGUUAACAAGAAUGUAUGCUCUUAGAUUCCAAUAUGGUAUAAUUAGAAUGGAAUUCGAGUCUUAUGCACAAAACGUUUAUACCAGUUGUCAUCAUUAUUUGUUGUUUAUUUCAUUUAAUUAAAGCAGACAAAUAUACGCAUCAAAUGUAUGCAUGUACGUCCUUUUGAAAGUUUUUGCAUAUGUAUAUAUGCGCGCAUUAAGGUAAAAGGUUAAAGUCAUUUUAUAAUGGGUGUGUUAUUUGUUGUGACCAGUUACUGUUAACAUGUAAACAUCAUCUGAAUUCACUGUAAGUUGUUUUAUCACAUGCACUCUCGUUUUCUUACCAUGCAUGAUAGCGAUAUAUUAUGCAACAUAAUUGUAUAUUUCCAAAUUCAUAGUUUUGAUUUCUGCGUGGGGUGUCAAUUGUUCUUACUCUGUUUCGUUAAUUUGUUUUUAUGAAACGAUCGUAUUCUGUAUUACCGCAUGUUUAAUAUUAUUCAUACACAUGUGCUUGUAUAUCGUAGUGCAUUAACUAUUUUAAGCAGUAAUUAAAAU